ACUGUUGCGCGUUCACGAGACAUACACAACUUUGUAGACGACUCCUCUGAGCGACGGUUUAUAGAGAUGUAAUGAAUUAUGCAAAGUGUCAUUUUUCUUUUUAACUGUCGAUACUGACUGGCGGUGGAGGGCAUUCCUUCCUUCGUUAGCUGAACCGGGCUAACAACCUAGGGUUGUUUUGAAUGGACUUUUAUUUUGGCGUGGAAAACUAACUUCACCGAGCAAGCUAGCCAGGCUUCCUAGCUCCGCACAUAGACAGCAAUCGGCAGUCUGUCUGUUUGCCCAGUUGCAGCAACAACUUAUGAAGACCGUCCUGCCCAUGGAGAAACAAGAGCACAGUGCACGGAGCAAGCCCCUCUGUCUGUAGGAUCCUGACAGAUAUGUGCACCGAGAGAUGAUAUGGCAGAAGACUCGCGUGCAAAUGUUAAAACAGGGCAAUAGGCCAGGCAGGAAAUUGGUGUAAAGCUGAAACAUAAGGCUUUGCUACCCAGCAGCUUGUGUGUCUGUGUGUGUGCUCGAAGUGCCUAUGGCGGAGUUUGGGGAGGACGGCUGCCUGCCUCCAUUGAAUCUUGAGGAUACGGCCGUGCCCAGCGACGAAGCAGCUGGGAAGACGCAUUGCGAAGUGUCCGUCUUGAAUGGAGAUUGUGGGAUAUCAGAAAAUAUGGUCGGUUCAGGGUCCAUCGUCGCACCUGGCAACCAAACCGGGGAAAGCGCCAACACCUCUGUCGGAUUGGAUGGCAAAUCAGAAAUACCACGCAGGAGCAGCAUUAUCAAGGAUGGCUCAAGACAGCGUAAAGAAAGAAAGAAGACUGUAUCGUUCAGCAGCAUGCCCACAGAGAAGAAAAUUAGCAGUGCUAGCGACUGCAUCAAUGCAAUGGUGGAUGGCUCUGAGCUAAAGAAAGUGCGAUCCAAUUCCCGCAUCUACCACCGCUACUUUCUCCUUGAUGCCGACAUGCAGUCUUUGAGAUGGGAGCCCUCGAAGAAAGAAUCAGAAAAGGCCAAAAUUGAUGUAAAAUCCAUCAAGGAAGUGCGAACAGGAAAAAAUACUGACACUUUUAGAACUAAUGGAACCUAUGAUCAGAUUUCAGAGGACUGUGCCUUCUCAAUUAUUUUUGGGGAGAACUAUGAGUCACUGGACUUGGUGGCAAACACUGCAGAUGUAGCCAACAUUUGGGUUACAGGGCUAAGGUACCUGAUCUCCUAUGGGAAACACACCUUAAAUAUGAUAGAGAGCGUUCAGAACAACAUGCGCUCAUCUUGGCUAGGUGAACUUUUUGAUGAGGCAGGCAGUAACAACAGCAAACACAUAAAUAUAUGUGCUGCUGUGCAGUUAGUCAAAAACUUAAACCCGGGCCUUAAAAAUUUGAAAAUAGAACUGAAGUUCAAGGAGCUUCAGAAAGCUAAGGACAAAGCAGGUUCUGAUGUGACAAAAGACGAGUUCAUUGAGGUCUUUCAUGAUCUUUGCACCAGACCAGACAUUUAUUUUCUCUUUGUUCAGUUCUCUAGUAACAAAGAAUUUCUGGAUACCAAGGACCUAAUGAUAUUUCUGGAGGCUGAGCAGGGUAUGGCACAAGUCAGUGAAGACACAAGCUUAGAGGUCAUUCAGAAAUAUGAACCGUCCAAAGAGGGCCAGCUCAAGGGUUGGCUUUCUCUUGAUGGGUUCACCAACUAUCUUAUGUCUCCAGAGUGCCAUAUAUUUGACCCUGAACAAAAAACAGUGUGCCAAGACAUGAAACAGCCUUUGUCCCACUAUUACAUUAAUGCAUCCCACAACACAUAUCUGAUAGAAGACCAGUUCAGAGGUCCUUCUGAUGUGACAGGGUAUAUCCGUGCCCUCAAGAUGGGCUGCCGCAGUGUAGAGCUGGAUGUGUGGGAUGGGCCUGAUAAUGAACCUGUUAUUUACACUGGUCACACAAUGACGUCACAGAUAGUUUUUCGCAGUGUCGUUGACGUCAUCAACAAGUAUGCCUUUGUUGCGUCUGAGUUUCCACUGCUACUGUGUUUAGAAAACCAUUGCUCCUUAAAGCAGCAGAGAGUCAUGUUUCAGCACCUAAAGAAGAUUCUUGGUGACAAGAUCCACAUAGACCCUCCAAAACCUGAGGACUGUUACCUUCCCUCUCCAUCGGAACUGAAGGGAAAGAUCCUGCUGAAGGGUAAAAAACUGAGCACAAACUGCACUGCUUCAGAAGGUGAGGUCACAGACGAGGACGAGGGGGCAGAGAUGUCUCAAAGAAUAAGCAUCGAGUCUGCAGAACAACAGACUAUUGCACCCAAAAACUUCCAGCUGUCAAAAGACCUCUCUGAUCUGGUGACCUUGUGUAAGUCUGUGGAGUUCAAGGACUUCCCAACAUCUUUCCAGAACCAGAAGCAAUGGGAGCUUUGCUCUUUCAAUGAAGUUUUUGCCAGUCGCUGCGCCAGUGACCUCCCUGGCGACUUUGUAAACUACAACAAGAAGUAUCUUGCACGAGUUUACCCUAGCCCAAUGCGGAUUGACUCCAGCAACAUGAAUCCACAGGAUUUCUGGAAGUGUGGUUGCCAGAUUGUGGCAAUGAACUACCAGACUCCUGGCCUGAUGAUGGAUUUAAACAUCGGCUGGUUCCGUCAGAAUGGGAACUGUGGCUAUGUGCUGCGUCCCGCCAUCAUGAGGGAGCAUGUUUCAUAUUUUAGUGCCAACACUAAAGAUUCAGUGCCUGGUGUUUCUCCACAGCUCUUACACAUCAAGAUCAUCAGUGGACAAAACUUCCCCAAACCCAAAGGCUCAGGUGCCAAAGGAGAUGUAGUAGACCCCUAUGUGUAUGUGGAAAUACACGGCAUUCCUGCUGAUUGUGCCGAACAAAGGACUAAAACGGUCAAUCAGAAUGGGGACAACCCUCUGUUUGAUGAAAGCUUUGAGUUUCAGAUAAAUCUCCCUGAGCUUGCAAUGGUGCGCUUUGUGGUGCUAGAUGACGACUAUAUUGGUGAUGAAUUCAUCGGCCAAUACACCAUCCCCUUUGAGUGUCUCCAGCCAGGUUUUCGCCAUGUCCCGCUGCAAUCUCUGACAGGGGAGGUUUUGCAACAUACCUUGUUGUUUGUUCAUGUGGCCAUAACCAAUCGAAGAGGAGGCGGCAAACCACACAAAAGGGGACUGUCUGUACGAAAAGGCAAGAAGAGUAGAGAGUAUGCUAACAUGAGAGUGCUGUUGAUCAAGGCUCUGGAUGAUGUCUUCAAAACAGUCCUGCUGCCUCUGAGGGAGGCAACAGAUCUCAGAGAAAACAUGCAGAAUGCCAUAGUGUCCUUUAAAGAGCUGUGCGGCCUUUCAGCGGUGGCUAACCUGAAGCAGUGCAUCUUGGCCCUUUCCCCUCGACUCACUGGAACUGACAACAGCCCCCUUCUGUUGUUCAACCUCGCUGAACAGUACCCCAACUUGGAGCCCCAAGGUCUGCUACCUGAGGUUCUCAAAAAAGUUGUCACUACCUAUGAUAUGGUGAUCCAGACCAGCAAGACUCUGCUGGAGAGUUUUGAAGGGUUGUAUGAGAGAAUUCUACAAACCCAAAAAGCAGCGAUGGAGUUCCACGAGAACCUCCAUGACUUGGCUGUGAAGGAGGGGCUGAAGGGCAGGAAGCUGCACAAGGCGGUGGAGAGCUUCACCUGGAACAUCACCGUGCUGAAGGGUCAGGCAGACCUCCUGAAGCACGCCCAGAGUGAAGUCCAGGAGAACCUGCGGCAGAUCCACUACUCUGCGCUCACCUGUAACCUGAGUAAAGGCGCUCCGGCGGGGGGUUCCUCCGGCUCCGAGUCCAGAGGCAGACGCAGCAUGGAUGCCAUUCCCGAGAAGGCCACUGCGGAGGAGGAGCUCACCGAUGAGGACAACUGAAGACCCACAAUCCUGUUCUGCCUGGCUCACAGACUUCUCCUGUUCCUGCCCCCUGAGCUCAAAACCCAAAGCUCUUGCUCCCUCCGUUAGCAUUCUGCAGCGUCAUCGCUCUACACACAACAGUGUUUUUUCCACAUUCCAUCGUGUACAUUCCUGUAUCACAAGCACAGCUGUAACUUCUCAGCCUUGUAAUCAUCAAUCAAAUGCCACAACUACCCCAGGACACAAAUCCUUCCCAAGUUCCGAUCACGGAAGGUUUCGACAGGUUUGAAAAAUGACUGUGAUUAUUUCUACGUCUUAAUAUGUGAGGGAGCUGUACUGAAAGCUGGAAGAGUGUGAAACGUGAUGCUGCCUAGCCAUUAAGUGCAAAAUCAUAUAUACCAAAACAUCCAGCAAACAUGUGGAAAGGGACACUUGGAGAAAUGCUGAGGAUGAUCAUAGUGCCAGACAUAAAUCUUAAGUCUACCCAGAAUAAAACUCACAAACGUCUUCAUCUUCAGUCCUGAUUCAUGCGUUCGUUGCCUUCCCUUCAUUUCGCUGUCACGGAAUCACAUUUCCUGGGGAGGCGAAUGAACUACCAGCUACGUGACCAUUCAUGACUUUGACCUACUGUUCAGAGACGGUCCACUUCUACUCAACGGACCAGGGUGUUACUCGAGGAAACAAAAAAGAAAAGAGCUCUUGGAUUAUUAUAAGAGAUUUCUUAAAGCACAAUUUUUUGGAAAUAUGAAUGUAAAAGGACAAAUGGAGCGAAAGAAGUAAAGGAAAAAAGUGGACGUAAACGUGAUGAAUGAGAGUAAAG